AUGUCUCGCUCUGUCGUCAGUAUUAUCAGAAAGCAACAGGCAGAACAGUUGUACUGUACACAGGCGCAAAGUAUGAACACACUUCCAUGGUACCUGCUGUUUAUCACUGCUCGUCGUGAUGUAACAACGCCACUUGUGUGUCCGUGGCUUAAGUAUGACUGUAGCCAGAUGACCCUGUAUGCUGAUGGUGGGAAGAUUCCGUUUCCCAACAGGAGGGAUCAUCCGCCACAUAUUCCAACCGGUACAGCAGGUUUCGAAGUCUUCACCUUUUAUCCGACUUAUGAAGAAUUCAAAGAUUUCAAAGGAUGCAUACAAAAAAUUGAAGCUGUAGGUGCGCAUCGCAGGUCUGGGAUAUGUAAGAUCGUUGCUCCCGAAGGUUGGACUCCACGGCCAACCAAGGGAAAGUAUGCGUAUAAGGAUGACCAAGUGGAACAUUUCGUUAUACAAAGCCCCGUGAAGGAAUCGGUCGCUCGUCAGAAUGAGGCCAUUCUCAAAAGUAAUCAUGUCUACAAGAAGUCCAUGUUAGCAUCGGAAUAUCGGAAACUUGCCCAAAGUUCGAAAUACCGUAAUCCGUGUCCCGAUCUGCAGGGCAAGGAUAUCGAAAUCCAAUAUUUCAAAAAUAUGUUUACAUCGCAUCCGAUUUAUGGUGCCGACACUGAAGGUUCUUUCUACGAUGAGGGUGUGAACGAGUUCAAUAUGAAGAAGCUUGAGACCAUUCUGGACGAGACAAAGGACGCUACUGGAGGAAAAGUAAUAAAAGGCGUGAACUCCGUCUACCUGUACUUUGGAAUGUAUGGAGCAUCGUUUGCAUGGCAUGUGGAGGACAUGGAACUCUAUUCUAUCAAUUUCCUUCAUCAUGGCUCACCAAAGUACUGGUUUGCGAUUCCUCCAGAAGCCUCUCCACGUUUCGAAAGACUUAUGCGACAACAGUUCCCGGCGUAUGAUAGGCAGUGCAAGAUCGUUGCUCCCGAAGGUUGGACUCCACGGCCAACCAAGGGAAAGUAUGCGUAUAAGGAUGACCAAGUGGAACAUUUCGUUAUACAAAGCCCCGUGAAGGAAUCGGUCGCUCGUCAGAAUGAGGCCAUUCUCAAAAGUAAUCAUGUCUACAAGAAGUCCAUGUUAGCAUCGGAAUAUCGGAAACUUGCCCAAAGUUCGAAAUACCGUAAUCCGUGUCCCGAUCUGCAGGGCAAGGAUAUCGAAAUCCAAUAUUUCAAAAAUAUGUUUACAUCGCAUCCGAUUUAUGGUGCCGACACUGAAGGUUCUUUCUACGAUGAGGGUGUGAACGAGUUCAAUAUGAAGAAGCUUGAGACCAUUCUGGACGAGACAAAGGACGCUACUGGAGGAAAAGUUGGUUUAGUGUUCUUACAUACUGUUUACUCGGAAAAUAUGGCUUUCAUGCGGCACAAAAACUUCAUGGUUCUUCCAUCUCUACUGGACAAGCAUAAAAUCCCCUAUGGUACCAUGAUUCAGUAUCCCAAUGAAUUUAUAAUAACAUUUCCUCACGGAUAUCAUAUGGGCUUCAAUCUUGGAUACAACAUUGCCGAGAGCACAAACUUCGCUACAGAUCGUUGGAUUGACUUUGGGAAGAACGCUGUUUUGUGCAAGUGUCGGUCAGACAUGGUGGAAAUCGAUAUGACGCCAUUCAUGAAAAAAUACCGGCGAGAUAACUUCGAAAAAUGGUAUUCGUAUUGGUAUUUACCAAAACCAACCGCAGAAGUCCCACUGAAGAAGAAAAAGAAAAAGCGUGAAGAGGCAGGUUCUAUUGAAAGUUUCUCAAAUGGAGGUGCGAAAAGACGACGUACCAGCGAAGGGAGUGAGAUCACAGAAACCGUAUCAUCGCAUGGUUCACGUAGUUCUGAAACAACUGAGUCGCAGCUGUCACUUCGUGAAUCUUGGAAGCACCGAAUUACAAUGCUAUGGUCCAAUGAGCCGGUGAAUUUCUUUGCGGAAAGAACAUUUAAUCAAGCUGCCGCUCGUAUUUGGCCCUAUUGUGCUGUGUGUCAAUACUUUCAACCAAUUCAUAUGUCUCCGCGACUAGCGUUUGGCCUUUGUUUUGCAAAAGAUCCGCGACGUCUUCCCAAUGUGGAUCCAACAGAAGAUCGACUUUUGACAUGCUCCAAUUGCUGUGUGACAGUUCAUCCUUCGUGUUAUGGUGGCCAGUCUGCUAUACCAUUCCUGGGUUGCUCUCCGCUGCCCAAGAAUCGGAAUGACGUUGCUAUUCGAGGUACUUCAUGCCACCUUUGUGAACUUCGAGGUGGUGCGCUCUUACCAUGUCGAGCUGGCGCAGAUAUAUUGCUUUGUGCAUACAGUUUGUGCAUUCAUUCGGCGAACUGUUUUCAACGACGCGAACAAUCCUUCGUGCUGCUACACUCAUCCUCCUUCAAAGCAAACAUCAAUCAAUGGAGUGCUGUAAGAACUACUUGCCAAGGGAUUAUGUUUUCGAGAUGGGCGAUGAAUAUGAAACAUCCCGCUUUCAGUGGAGACCCUGCCCCUGCCCACAUACGAAUGCUAUUAUGUGGUCAUACCAGAGAAGGCCUUGAGAUUUCAGCAAUGCGACGAGAAUGGCGACCCUGUCUUGGCGCAUGCCACAUGUGCACGACAAGCUGGAUUCUUGUUCGAAAGGCGCACCUUUCCUCAGAUAACUGUCAUGAUUUUGAUCGACACCAACAAUCCGAAGAGAUGGGUUGGUUUACAGUGGGACCGCUGAUGGAUGUGAAUUUGGGUGACAUUGUGAUAGCGUGGAUGGACGGUGGUUCUCGGGUACGACAGGGCAGGGUGGAACGUUUUGUGCUACGAACACUGCUAACGAUCGACUUUGAAGACGGAUCAGUUUCGGAAAACACAUUGCCAAGUGACAUCGUGCAAUGUGGCUGCAUACGGCAGCAGGGUUGUCGCGAUGGACAACAUCAACCUGGCAGCAGGGUUAAAGUGCAAUGGAACGACGGUGAGCUAUACGAUGGGUAUUACCGAUGUAUUUCGAAGACUAUUGAGUAUACAGUAGUAUUUGCCAACGGAACAUCAGCUCGUCUACCAAGAGCUGACCUCUAUGGUGCCGAUGACGUAGUACCUGCUGAAGUUCGAAGACGUUUGCGCAAAUCGCACUGA